AUGAGGCCGCUCGCGCGGCUGCUGCGGUCCGCGGCCGUGACGCGCUGCGCGUCGACGUCGCCGACGCCGGCGCCGGCGCCGACGCUCAUCUGCCCGGCGCCGCCGCCCGCGGGCUUCUUCCAGGCCGACGGCUCGCGCGGCACGGUCGAGUGGGACCGGAGGACGCCGCCCAUGGUCUGGCACCCGGACUACAGCGUGCCCUGGCCGUCGAACCACCGCUUCGCCAUGUGGAAGUUCGACGACCUGCGCCUCGAGUGCGUGCGCUCGGGCCUCGUCCCGUCGGAGCGCGCGUUCUUCAGCCCCCGCGACGAGGCGGGCGACGAGGAACUGGACGCGGCGAUCCUCGCGGCGCACGACGCGACCUACGUCGCCGACGUCACAACCGGCACGCUCGAGGCGACGCUCUGGCGGAGGGCGCGAAAGCCAAAGCGAAGCGCCAAGUCGGGCAAGAGCGGCGGCGGCGCGCCGGUGGAGAAGAAGCGGAAAGUCGCCAAGAGCGGAGAAGCCGCGCCGGCGGAGAAGAAACGGAAAGUCGCCAAGAGCGGCGAAGCCGCGCCGGCGGAGAAGAAGCGGCGGCUCCGGCCUCGAAAGGAGAAGAGCGAGCCCGAAGCCCAGGAGGAGCGGCGCGUGUCCGCAAGGCUCGAGGCGACGGCGACAAAAAGGCGCCAACCCAAGAGCGUCGCCAAGGUCCAGCGCGCGCCCGGCGAGUACUGCGAGCGCGCGGCGGCCCGCCUCGAGCGCCUCUGCGCCGCGAAAGGCAUCGAUCGCUUCGCGCUGCCGUCGGCCGCCGCCGCGGACGAGGAGGAGGCGCGGCACGAGGAGGACGAGCGGCGGCGCGAG